AUGACUUGUGGAACUCUCCGUCGCUCUUCAACUCUCAAUGAUACCAACCUUCUUCCGAAUUACAAGAAAUUUGAAUUAAAAUAUGAUCUCAACGACAAUCGGGUAAUUGAUCAAGUUGCUGAUGAGGAAAAGCUUGAAAAAAUUGUGGAAGAGCGUUGUUUUGCUUGGUCAUGGCCAUUCUGCACAGAAGGCUUAGCUCAUGGAGCAUAUACCAGAGAAAAAUUUGUUGUAUGUCUACCAUUUAACAAAGGCGGAACUGGCGAUAAGAAUGGAACGACAAAAAGAUUCGAAAACAUAGCGGGCAGUAACUACUCUUGGAGUCUGGGACUGUCUAGAGAUGCUAAACUAGGCUCCACAUGUUUCUGGCGACUUGAAAUCGAAGUUCAUCGACAUUUGAAUUCAAUUGUCCUCAUUGCUUCGAGAGAUAUUAGCCGUUACAACGAAAACACGAAACGAUUAAAACGUGUGCGAAAGGUAUACAGUUUACCUGAUAUCUAUGACGUCACCACAACCACAACAACAAUGUAUGAUUGGGCGAUAGUAAUAGAAGCGAAGAGGAGACAUGUUUAUCGUCCUCUUCUCAGGCGAUCAGAUACUUUAAAUUAA